GCUGCUGCGGCUGGAGAGCGAUGACGACGACGAAGACGAGGAACAAGACGUGGAUGGCGUUUGCUUUAUGCCGCUGCUUCUUCACUUUUCUAUUGCACACACACACACGCGCGCUAAAUUCGCAAGAGCAUACGCACACAGCUGCACAAAACUUUCUGCUGUUUACAAACUUUUGCGACGUUUUCAAGUGCGCUCCGAGACGUGGACGUAGACGUAGACGUCGACGCUGGCAGCGACGUAAGCAGAGAGUGAACGAGAGAGCCCGCGGAUGCGAUUGCGACUGCGAUGUCGGAGCGGCGGCAACUUACUGUUUGUGGGUCAAAGCUAUAUGUGCACAUGCAUGAAAGGGGAUGGAAGGG